AUGCGGGUGUCGGUGAUUAAAGUGCGUGAUGAGCAGUUUAUCGGUAAAGAGACUCUUAAUCGCAUUGGCACUACGGUAUCUCAGCUUAUGAAAUUGGGAGUUUCUCCGGUUAUUGUAUUGGAUGGUGAUAGUGAAAGGGAACAGUUUCUAGACCGGACAGAACGCCCGUUUAAUCACUAUCAGGAUUCUAUCAAGAAACGGGCUCUUAAAAUGGCGGCGGUGUUAGAAGAGAAUAAUCCCAUCUCGUCUCGACCGGUUGAAGAUUUAUUUAAUAUGAAUGCUAAUGGACUUGUACUGUCCUCGGUAAGUGCUGUCUUGAACCCUCUUUCUCUGGGUAUUGUUCCUGUAGUGGCACCAUUGGCUUAUGAUACUCAGACUAGUGAACACAAGAUUAUCAGUGCAAACGAUACUAUCCAAUCGCUUGUUGGCAGUCUGCAUGGAAAUAACGAGUCGACUGAUAGAUCCACUGUAGAAAAAAUCAUCUUUAUAGACCCCGUAGGAGGCAUUCCUUCUGUGGAACGAGGCGGUAUCACGGCUUCGCAUAUAUUUAUAAAUCUCGAGCGAGAGUUUUCCGAGAUCUCGUCCGAACUGGUGCUCACAAACUACCUUCCACAAGACAUUCAGAAACUACAUCUCAAAAACCUACAGACCAUGAAAUCAGUUCUUUCGUUACUACCUCUGACAUCGGCCGGAAUCAUCACCACUCCAGAAGUAGCUGCUCUGUCUCCUAAUCACAACCGAAAUCCCAUUAUAUACAAUGUACUCACGGACCGGCCAGUCACCUCGUCUUCUCUUCCAGUGACCAUGAAACGUACACCCAGAGUCCAAACCACGAUUUUGCGAAAAGGUAUGACUGUCAAGACUAUGUACUCAGAAAAGGGGCUCAAUCUGUUGAAAGAAGCCAAAGUUGGUAACAUUGAUCUGACUAAACUGGUCGGUCUUAUCAACGACUCGUUUCGAAAGACCCUCGAUUUAGACCAUUAUCUCAACCGUGUCAAUGGCAAAGUCGCUGGAAUCAUAAUUGCUGGCGACUAUGAAGGGGCCGCUAUCAUUACCUGGGAAGAAGCACGAGGUGCUCGGGUAGCUUAUCUCGACAAGUUUGCAGUCAAGAGUUCGUCUCAAGGAGGGUCCGGGGUCGCUGACAUUGUAUUCAAAGCUAUGAUGGUACGCAUGUUCCCACGAGAGAUCCUCUGGCGGUCGCGGGCCAACAACCCCGUCAACAAAUGGUACUUCGAGCGAUCCAAAGGCACUCAACGAGUACCCAACUCCCACUGGAUGAUGUUCUGGAAUGGCUCUGACUCCCGUGAGACCACCGAUCUGGCUGCCUAUGAACAAAUCUGUGCAUCCAUCGAGCCAUCUCUCCGAUGA